AUGACUGAACAACUGCCUUUCCGCGUGGAAUAUGCUAAGAGUGGCAGAGCGUCAUGUAAAGCUUGUAAAGUUACAAUUGCCAAAGAUGAAUUAAGACUUGCCAAGCUUGUUCAGAGUCCUUUCCAUGACGGGAUGAUGGCUACUUGGUUCCAUCCUCAUUGCUUUUUUACUAAAGCAAAGCCGAAGUCUAUCACUGAAAUUGCUAAUUUCGAUAAUGUCAAAUGGGACGAUCAAGAGUUUAUACGGAAAAAAAUUGAAGAAGAAGGAGGUUCAACUGAUAGAGCAACAACAAGCGGAAAAGGACGUAAACGACCAAAAACUGAAGCAUUUAAAGAUUUCAAAGUUGAAUAUGCUAAAUCCAAUCGAUCUCAAUGUGUUGGAUGUGAGGCUCCAAUAAUAAAAGAUAAUGUUCGGGUAUCGAAAAAAGAUUAUGAAAGCGAGAAAGCUGUUAAAUUUGGAGGACUUGAUCGUUGGUAUCAUUUGGAAUGUUUUGCGCAACUUCGGAAUGAUUUAGAAUUUUUUGGAGCAGGAAAUAAACUUCCUGGAUUUAAAACGUUGAAGUCAGAAGAUCAGAGUCUUGUGAAUAAACAACUACCAGCGAUAAAAGGUGAAGAUCUUCCACCAGCAUCUAAAAAAGUUAAGAAAGAAUCAGUUGAUCCUGCAGAAGAAAAAUUAAUGAUCAAACAAAAUGAUAAAUUAUUUAAAAUGAGAGAUCAAUUAAAGGCAUUAACGAAACAUGAGGUGACGGAAAUUCUUGUAUAUAAUCAUCAGUUUAUUCCUGAAGGAAUAGACAGGCUUCUGGACUCAUUAGCAGAUCAAAUGACAUUUGGAGCGUUACCGAAGUGUGAUAAAUGUAAUGGCCCUUUAAGAUUUAAAUCUGGAUUUGGCUAUAAAUGUAUGGGUAAUAUAUCAGAAUGGACUAAAUGCGACAAUGUGGUUAAAGAUCCAGAGAGAUCCAAGCUUAAAAUUCCACAAGAUUUGAAAGAAAAGCAUGAUUUCUUGCAAUCAUUCAAAUCGAAAGUAGAAAAAAGAAUUAUGAGAAUAGCUUGUACUCCAGCUUCUACUUCUGUUGUAAAAAAAGAAGAAGGUGAGAGUGGACCAAAAAUUACUAAAACUGAUCUUCCUUUACGGGGAAUGCAAUUUGUUAUUGCUGGUAGAACUUCAAAAAAUAAAGAUACAUUGAAAAAAGAAAUAAUGCAGCUUGGUGGAACAGUUGUAAAUAAAGUACAUGAAAAUCUUGCCGCAGUAAUUUCAUCAGAAAAAUCUCUUGAAAAAGGUGGGAAACAUUUUGAUGAUGCUGAACAAAUGGAUAUUCAAGUAGUCACAGAAGAUUUCAUUGAAGAAGCUAAAGAUUUUAAAGAUGCUCCAGUAUCAUUAAUCACUAAAAAAAAUAUUGCUGGAUGGGGUGGAGAUCCAAGUAGUCGUAUCUCUGCUCAUCUUACCAAAUCUGCAUCAAUGAAAAAUAAGAGUAUGUAUGAAAAAUCUGGAGGAAAUAAAGUGAAACUACGUGUAAAAAAUGGAGGUGUCGUCGAUCCUGAUUCUGGACUUGAAGAUGUUGCUCAUAUUUAUCAAAAAGAUAACAUGAAAUAUACAGUUACUUUAGGUAUCACUGCCAUUGAGACAAAUAAAAAUUCAUUUUAUAAACUACAAGUUUUGGAGCAUGAUAACCAAAAAAAGUAUUGGCUUUUCCGUAGCUGGGGUAGAAUUGGAACUACCAUUGGUGGUAAUAAACUCGAAUCACAUUCACUUAACACUUGUAUCAAAGAGUUUGAGCGGCUUUAUCUAGAAAAAACUGGUAAUCACUGGCGAAAUAAAGAUUCUUUUGUUAAGCAGCCAAAUAUGAUGUAUCCUAUUGACACCGAUGAAAAUGAUGAUAGCGAUAAGGUUGGUAAUUUGGAGUCAGAAAUCAAAAGUAACUUAAAGAAACCCAUUCAAGAUCUUAUAAGACUAAUUUUUGAUAUAAAUAUCAUGAAAAAAGUAAUGAAGGAGUUUGAACUUGAUACAGAAAAAAUGCCUUUGGGUAAAUUAUCGAAGAAACAAUUAGAGGAGGCCUAUGCAGUAUUGAAAGAAGCUCAACAAUUAAUUGUUAAAGAAAACCCUGAAAGAAUAUUAUUAAUAGAUGUCUCUAAUAGAUUUUAUACUCUGGUACCUCAUUCAUUUGGUGUAAGAGAACCACCACUCCUAGAUAAUGAAGAAAUUAUUAAGAAAAAAUGUGAAAUGUUAGAAUCGUUGAUUGAAAUGGAAAUUGCUUAUAGUCUUCUUAAUGCUAAAACAGAUGACACUAAAAAUCCUUUGGAUGCUCAUUAUCAACAAUUAAAUAUAGAUGUUGAUGUUCUCGAUCGUGACAGUGAAGAAUUCAAAUUAAUUGAUAAAUAUGCCAAAAAUACUCAUGCAGCAACACAUUCAUCGUAUAAUUUGGAAAUCGAAAACGUCUUCAAAGUUAAACGUAAGGGCGAAGAUAAAAGAUUCAAGCCCUUUGAGAAAUUUCCUAAUAGAAAACUUUUAUGGCAUGGAUCGAGAACUACCAAUUUUGCUGGUAUUUUGUCUCAAGGUCUUAAAAUUGCUCCACCAGAAGCUCCAGUUACCGGUUACAUGUUCGGUAAAGGUAUCUAUUUUGCGGAUAUGGUAUCAAAAUCCGCUAAUUAUUGUUGUACAGAUGCUCAAAAUUCUACCGGUCUUUUACUCCUGUGUGAAGUCGCUCUCGGUAAUAUGUAUGAACGUGUCCGAGCUGAUUAUAUUGAAAAAUUGCCUAAAGGAAAACAUUCCACUUUUGGUAAAGGACAAACUUGCCCAGAUCCCAAGCAAACCUGUAAAUUGCCGAACGGUGUUGAAGUUCCUUGUGGAACUCCUGUGCCAGCGGAUGCUAAAAAUUCGUCGCUUUUGUACAAUGAAUACAUCGUUUACGAUGUUUCUCAGGUUAAAGUUCAAUACCUGGUUCGUAUGAAAUUCAAGUACAAAUUUUAGAAUGGAUAUAAAUUAUUUAUUUCAUACUUGGUCAUUAAUUAUAAAAGCUGAAAUGUAUUUUUAUUAUAUUCCACCUACCUUUUAUAUUUCUCGCAACUCAUUUGUUUUAUUAUCAUGAAUAAUAUUUAAUCAUUGAAAAAAUAAAAAAUAAAUGUUUAAUGUUUCCGCUGUUAUACAGAAUAUAUUUAUGUGUAGCUAUUGUAAUCUAAUAAAUAGAUGUAUUUUUUUUUA